UUUUUUUUCUCCAAGGGAGACGGGGGGGCAAUGGCGUUCAUGCGCGACUUUUUUCUUCUUUUCUUUUCUCUCGUGCCCUUUUCAGGAAGUGGAACGGCACGGUAUGAACUGCAUUUCAUGUGUGUGUGUGUGUGUGCGUGUGGCAGUGAUGUGGACUAUAGAAUCAAAAAGGUAACUAACCGCCCAUUUAUACCCGGUGGUAGUGGUAUUCAUUUACGACGAGAGCUGUUGGGUAUAGGAGACCCUUCAACGGAACGAGGUUAUCAGUGUACAUAGAAACCCAUCCCAGGUGGCCUCGACCCCCCGAAAUGAAAUGGGGAUAAUAAUUGCAUUGCCGUUAUUCAACAUGAUUUUCAUUGAGCACAAACGUUUGAUUAGCAACGUUGAAUUUGUAUUGUAG